GAAGCAGUGCAGCUGGCCCGGGAGAAGGAGCAGCAGCUGGCGGAGAAGCAGGAGGUGUGCAACGAGACGAUGCUGGCGCUGUGGGAGGAGUGCAAGCCCUGCCUCAAGCACACCUGCAUGCGCUUCUACUCCCGCACCUGCCACAGCGGCUCCGGGCUGGUGGGCCGGCAGCUGGAGGAAUUCCUCAACCGUUCCUCGCCCUUCUCCAUCUGGGUGAACGGCGAGCGCAUCGACUCGCUGCUGGAGCGGGACCAGCGGCAGGAGCGGCAGUUUGAGGACCUGGAAGAAAGUUUUGGGUUGUUGGAGGAUGGGGUUGACGACAUCUUCCAGGACAGCACCCAAGUCUACGGCCGCGCGUAUCCCUUCUUCCAAGCACCCUUCGGCGGUUUCCGUGAGGCUUUCCGUCCCCCCGUCCAGCGCGUCCGCUUCCUCCCACGCAGUGAGAGGUUUUCCCGGGAGCUGCAUCCCUUCUUCCAGCAUCCCCACCACGGCUUCCACCACCUCUUC